AUCAGAUAGUAGGGGACGUGUGAGGUGUCGUCUCCGCACAGACAUGGCUCCACAUGUAGAAAUACUGGCGCUAUAUAACCUUGAUUGAUCAGCUUCCUCCUUUGAAACAAGCCUGAAAGAGCAACAUGCAGGCUGCUAUGGAUAUCACGGCAAAGUAUUGCCAUAAAGAAAUGGAGGCAUAUGGGUCAUGUGUGGCCUCCAACCCAUCAACAUGGCAGCAAAAGUGUCAUGAACUGAAGAUGAAGGUUGCACAGUGCACAUCAUCACACCCAGUGAUCCAGAAGAUCAGACAGGACUGUACCAGUGAGUUUGUGGAGUUUGAGCGCUGUCUGAGGGAAAACCAGGACAAACCUACCUCCUGCUCACCACAUGUGGCUCGCUUUCUGGGCUGUGCAGAAACUGUAGAUAUCAGUGGAGUGGCUUCAGAUCCGGUACCUCAGCCAUCGUAGCAUUCAGACAUCUUCAGUCACCUUCAGAUUACUCCUGUCUCCACAGCAGCACAUAUGUGCUGGUUUCACAUGUUACUGUAUGUACAGUGACUGAGAGGAUAUUGUUUUUUUUUCUUUGUGUGACUAUUUGUCUUUCUUCAACAAGGAUAUAGGAAAUGAAUGCAACAGUACUGUGAGUUAGACUAGUUGUGUAGAAUAUUUCAUUACUGAAUUGUUCUUUUACACGUCAUGUAAAUGUUGUGUUCAUGUGAAAGUAACAUUUAUAAUUGCCUGUGUGCGAGGAAGUCUGUUUUUUACAGAUUUUUAUUGAACCAUCUUAUUAAAAUUGACAUCAGACUUGUGUUAUUCA